AUGGGCCAACGAACCUUUACGAUCAUCCCGCAAUUCCCGGGCCGCGAUGAAAAUACCGACAAACCGCCCGUGCGGCCCAUGACGUCGAAACAAGUCCGGAAAGCAUACAAAGCUGCCAACAAGGGACCGAAACUCACUCGAGCUGAGAUAUGGAAGCAAGAAAAGGCUGAACAAGAACGUAUAAAGAAGGAGUUCGAGCGUGAGAAGGCGGCGGCCAAGGCUAAAGUCGUACGGGACAAGAAGAAGGAGAAGGAAUUGGCGGAAAAGGAAGAGAAGCGAAAGAAAAGAAUGCCACUUGUCAAUGUUCGACCGAGUCAAGAAACUAUUUCGUGGUUUGUGAGAGGCAACGGGUCUGCGAAGAAGAGGGACGCACAGGGAAAGGAUGUCGAAAAGGGCAAUACGACGACAGAAAAUAAUGGCAACAUGGAAGAAUCUACGACCGCAAACGACGAUGAAACGGAACAACCUGCUAUGAAGAUACGGAAGUUGGAUGACGUACUGGAAAACGACGAAGAGUUUUCUGAUCCUGGGGACAUAGGGAUGGAGACGAGGGUUCAAGAUCAACCACCAAGUCCCUCCCCGGAACCACCAGAAAUCGAUGUACCGCAAAAAGGGACAAAGGAGGACUGUACCGCCGAACCUGUAGAGGAAACACCCCUGGAUGCUGAGGCUCGAAUACCAGCACUGAGACUACCAAUACCAGAAAUCGAGCUUGACGGGAUGGAAGACGAUUUGGACGAGGAUUUCGAGGAGGACCUAGCACUUGGUAUGCUUGAAGAUAUCGAAGCAUCCAUGGACAAGCCAGCCCCCAAAAUGGGCCAUACCGCCAACGCUGCCCCAGGAUGUUCUACAAAGCCAGACCCGGUACUACCACCGCCGCCAGUCAACAAUAUCACAAGGCUGGCACCCGAUCGCUACGCCAAGGAUCUGGGGCUACAUCGCCCGUCCUCGCCAACUUUUGUCAAACCGCCUCUCCUCCAACGUUCAUCACGGAACUUGGAAGCACGAUCAUCAUCUCCACCCCGUCAGGAACCGCCCAUGAGCACUCAAGCUAUCCUGUACAAUUUGGAUGACUUCUUCCCCUCAUCCUCACAGCAAGCACGUGAACUCGAGGAAGACUCGGACGACGAUGAUGACUUGAUGCCAUCAGCGCCCUCGCAUCUUGCGCCAAUAGUAGAGGAGGAGGAGGAGGAGGAGGAGGAGGACCUUGAAAAGUCUCUAGAACAGCCUCGUUUACCUGUACUCAAUCCGGCCCCUGAAUCACCACCUCCGCCACCUAGACGCUUCUUUACAUCCUCUGGCUCGCAUGAACGGAUGUGUCUUGCGCUACAGCGAAGUCGCCGUACAGCAGCCCUGGAAGAGAUUCAACAGCGUGAAAGAUCGCGAAUCCAGGCUGGUAUGGUCCAGCGUGCUCAAGCUGAGAGUCGUAAAAUCGCCAAACCCGACCAAUCUACCAGAAAACCAUCAGUCUUCUCUUACCCCCCUCCGCAGCAUGCCCAACACAACCGGCCCCGACAACCCCCUACUAAGACACUACCACCACCACCAGCACUCCAACAAAAACCUUCUCUCAACAAACCCUCUCCGCCGAAGCGUACGGAAACGCCGAAGCAACUUCCACCUCCUCGAACAUCACUAGCGCCACAAGACAGUAACGUGCACACUCCCAAGCGCAUUGAACCACCCAAACAAACUCCCUCAGCACAAAGGCCAUCACAAGAAACUAAGGAGAACCAGAGGCCAUCACAAGAACAUUUUGCGCUUAGUGCUUCGCAAGAGUCAUACGGCGGAGAUUGGGUAGACGACGUUGCACUAGAACUCAUGAUUUAA